UCCUCCUGCCGCCGUGACCAAAUGUCAGGGAAAUCCACCCCCAACAUGGAGCUCAAACAUCAAAAGAUUUAAAUUUUUUUUUCUUUAAGGAAGCAGUGUAUAAUGCACCUCAGAGUGACUCAUAAGGUCAGAACAGUGGGGGGUGAGCGGAGAGAGUGAUACCCGGCUGGAGAGUGUUGUCUGUGAAGAAAAGAGGCUUUGUUUCUACGGGUCAAGUUGUGACAGAAUCUCUGUUCGGACGGAGGAGACGUCAAAUGUGACGCUGAGCCGCUCAGUCGAGAUGCUGAAGAGCAGAACCGUUUUAGAUUUGGACCUACGUUUGUUUUAAUCUAAAGUGAAUUCAUCUCCAGAACUGAGCACCUUAUAGCCUCGGUUCAGUACAUUCUCUGGUGUUCCCAGGAGAUGAAUGGGUCUUGUUAUUAGUCAAUGAGCAUCUCCACUGGCUGCAGCAGAGAGGGAGGAGGGCUGGUGUGUGUGUGUGUGUGAGUGUGAGUGUGUGUGUGUGUGUGGGGCCAAAGCUGUCCUCGCAUCAAUGAGCCCGUUGAUCAGAAAAGACCACUAGACUGGUAAUGACACAGUUCACCGGUCAGACCAGGAGGCCAUAAAACUCGGCUUUCACCUUCCUGUUCUCCUUAAAGCUCCUGCGGGGGUCUCUCAGCCCACCUCAGAUCCUGACACCUGCCGGGAAGCAACCAUGAUCUGGACCGCGGCGUUCCUCGUGGUGCUCGUUUCCUGCGCCGACCCAGAGGACUACUGUUACGACGAGCCGAGCUGUGAUCCGUACUCUUGGGGAGAAUCGUUCCCUUUGUGCCACCCUCUGCUUGAGCUCCAUCACUCUCCCAUCAACCUGGACCACCACAUGAUCAGAAACGACUCCCUGCAGCCGUUACACCUGGAGGGCUUUGAGGAAGUCCAAACGGGUCACUGGACGCUGGAGAACGACGGCCACUCCGUCGUGCUGCGGGUGGGCAGCGGCAUGGCGGUGAGCGGCGGCGGUCUUCCGGGCACGUACCACACCGUCCAGCUGCACUUCCACUGGGGGGGCCCGGCCAGCAACGGCUCGGAGCACACGGUGGACGGGCACCGAUACCCAAUGGAGAUGCACAUCGUCAACAUGAAGUCCAUCCAUCCUAACGUGUCUGCAGCUUUGGACGACCCGACAGGACUCGCCGUUCUCGGCUUCUUUAUAGACGUUGUUUAUGCAGACAACCUGCACUUUGGACACAUAUCUCAAAAACUGUCUUCUGUUGCUCACAAAGGUCAAACGGCUAAAAUAAAACCCUUCCCGAUGAUGAGUCUCCUGCCGAAGCACAACAUGAGUCAGUACUACCGUUACCAGGGAAGCCUCACCACCCCUCCAUGUUCUCAGGCUGUUGUGUGGACCGUGUACGAGGUUCCCAUCUACAUCUCCUGGUCCCAACUCGCUCAGUUUACCUCGCAGAUCUUCUCCACGGAGGAGGACGCAGAGCAGGUGACGCCUCUGCAGAACAACUUCAGGCACAUCCAUCCCAGCUCCGGUCGCACCGUGCUGGCCUCCAGAGACGCCACGCUCCUGACGGGGACGGCCGCCCCGCCGCCCAGGUCGGCGCUGCGCCUCCUCCACGUCGUCACGCUGGGAGGGAUCGCGUUGAGACUCUAACAAGCCGAGGUCCAGGGUCACCCCUUAGAGAGUCGUUAUUUUUCUCCUCAGAUUUAUUCUGGGUGACGUCUGACAGGAGAGCCUGAUGGUGGUCCGGUUCUCAGAUAAAGUUUAAAACUAAAUUGUGCUGUUCUCUGGAUAUUAUUUUAUUUUUGUCUGUUUAAAAGAGUUGUGAACUGA